CGCAGGCGCAGCGCACCGAGUGGACAUUUUGGUCUUUGUCCGCGGGUCAGUCCGGCCCCUGGGUCCACGUGGCGCGAAAAUAGGAGGGCCUCUUCCUCGUGAAGUCCUGGGAACCGCAGCCUCCUCAUCCUUCAGAAGGCCCGGCGGCCCAGGGCUCAGCCCGAGUUCUAGGACAGGACUCUGGCUCCAGCAUUAACCUUCUAGUGCUGUGUCAUUUCCCCAGUAGCAGGUUAUAAACUGCCCAAGCUGUGUGUGAUCCUUUGUUGAAGCAAGAAGACGAACUCUGGAUGGUGGAGGAAGAGGUAGAACAGAAAUUUGUGCAGGUGAUACACAGAGAAGCCCUACAAAUGUAAGAAAUGUGGAAAUACCUUCAGCCAAAAGUAAAUUCUCAUUCAUCAAAAAAUUCAUACUGGAGAGGAACCUUGUGAAUGUGGGAAAGCUUCCAUUCAGAUGUCACACCUCAGUCAGCAGAGAAUUUGUAGUGGGGCAAACCCCUUUGCCUGUAAGGUAUGUGGGAAAGCCUUCAGCCACAAAUCGAAUCUCACUGAGCAUGAGCAUUUUCAUAAUAGAGAGAAACCUUUUGAAUGUAAUGAAUGUGGAAAAGCCUUCAGCCAGAAGCAGUAUGUCAUUAAACAUCAGAACACCCAUACUGGAGAGAAGCUUUUUGAAUGUAACGAAUGUGGAAAAUCCUUCAGCCAAAAGGAAAACCUUCUUACCCAUCAGAAAAUUCACACUGGAGAGAAACCUUUUGAGUGUAAGGAUUGUGGGAAAGCUUUCAUUCAGAAGUCAAACCUCAUCAGACACCAGAGGACUCACACGGGAGAGAAGCCCUUCGUAUGUAAGGAGUGUGGGAAAACCUUCAGUGGCAAAUCAAACCUUACCGAGCAUGAGAAAAUUCAUAUUGGAGAGAAACCCUUUAAGUGUAGUGAAUGUGGAACAGCUUUCGGUCAGAAGAAGUACCUCAUAAAACAUCAAAAUAUUCACACUGGAGAGAAACCAUAUGAAUGUAAUGAAUGUGGAAAAGCCUUCUCUCAGCGAACAUCACUUAUUGUACAUGUGAGAAUUCAUUCAGGUGACAAGCCUUAUGAAUGCAAUGUAUGUGGAAAAGCCUUCUCUCAAAGCUCAUCUCUUACGGUGCAUGUGAGAAGCCAUACAGGUGAGAAGCCCUAUGGUUGUAAUGAAUGUGGGAAAGCUUUCUCUCAGUUCUCAACCCUUGCUCUACAUUUGAGAAUUCACACAGGUAAGAAGCCUUAUCAAUGCAGUGAAUGUGGGAAAGCUUUCAGCCAGAAGUCACACCACAUUAGACACCAGAAAAUUCAUACUCAUUAAAAACCUGUGGAUAUCAUGAAAAUUGAUAAGUGUUCAUGAGGAAUUUACACCUCCUAACACAUGAGAAAUAAUCAUUCUGAAGGAAAACAUCACAAAUGAGGGAAACAAAAGCUAAAAACUUAAAAGGACACCAGAGAACUCAGCCUGAAGAGAGACACUUGUAUGAUAAAAACCCUGUAUCCAACAAAAUACCUACAGCAGAAGUGAUGCUGAAACUUUAGGUACAUUUCCACUAAAACUGGAAAUGGAAAACACGCUUAUCAUUGCUAUCUGCAUAGAUUUGGAGAUCUUCACCAACAUAAUAAAAAUAAGUUGGAAGUAUUAGAAAGGAAGAGACUUAUAGUAUUGGUUUAGCAGAACAGAAGAGCUCUUGGAAACACCUAUGCAUUUAUUAGAAUUUAUAAUACAAUAGAAACGGCAUCAGGAGAUGAGAAGAUUAUGGGACUAUUUUAAAAAUGAUUUGGAGGUAAUUUCUUCUCCAGGGAAAAAGAAAAGUAGAUGCUGAACUUACACACAAAGGUAAGAACCAAGGGGAUUAAAAAGAGGAAUAUGAAAAUGCUAUAUACUAAAAUGGUUAUGACCUUGGGAGUUGGGGAACAUUCCUUAAACAGCAAAUUGAAAAAUACGUAGCAGUUCUACUCUUGAGUUUGUGUGCUCAGAAAAUACGUACCAGGCUUUUUACUGUGGCAUGAUCUGUAGUAGUCAUAAAUUGGAAACAACUUAAAUGCCCAUCAGGAACAAAAUGGGAAAUACUUAAGAUGGAAUACUGUAUAUCUGUAAAAAUGUAAUAAAUGAGAUCUAUGUGUAUUACAGAGAAAGAUCUCAAAUAUCACAUUAAGGGGAAAGAAAGUUGCAGAAUGACAUAUAAUACGAUGACAUUUUUGUAAAUUUGAAGUAAAAGUUCUCACAAAAUUCAGUGCUAUUAUAUAUUGGUAAUGAAUACCUUCUGUAUGUAUGUUUUUUAAUUGUUUUUGAAAUGAUCAGAAGGAUACAGACCAAACUCUUGGUAGUGGUUGCCUGUAAAGAGUGAAGAAGGGAGGGGGAUGCGUGUGGGGGAGGGGAGGGGUUGGCUUGAGGGGGCUUCAGUUUUAUAUAUAAACAUCCAUUUCUCUUUAAAGAAAAAAAAAGGACUGUAAGUAAAUAUAUCAAAAUACUGGUUAAUUCUGGACUGUGGUAUAUGGAUAUCUUGUCUUAUUUUUUGUACUUUUCUGUAUUUUUAAAUUUUCUCAAAAUUAAUAAGAAUGGGUGUGAGGAUGGGAACACUAUACCAAUGGAAACCACGUUCUGAUGGAUUCAUUCUCAAUCAGCUACUAAACUUUUUAUAGAAGAUAUUUCUAAAAUUUUAUCGAGUGGAUGGACUUGCUCUCUAUGUAGUAUGAAUAUCUAUUUUAUUAAAAUUAAAAAUGACAGCAUAAUCCAAA